AUGGUAAUUAUAUAAAAUAGAUCUCCAGGAGUUAUUCAUGUCAUUAGAGAAGACUUAGUGAAAUAAAUAAUAGAAAAAAUAGUAAUGAUAAGAACUAUAUCAAUAUCAUCGAAUCUAGUAGAAGGAAUAAAUUUUUUAAUUCAAGAAGGAAAGAAAUUAAAAAAUAAGAAGAAAUUCUAUCUUAAAAUAAAAAGUUACUUAAUAAAAUAGUCAAUAUCAAGUCUAGUUUUUAUCGAUCGGUUAUUUUUAGAUUUAAUUUAAUAGUCAUCUAGGUAAUCUAUAAGUAGUAAUUGUUCUAAACAAUCUUCAAGAUCUAUUGAAUAAAAAGAAAAGAAUAUUUAACGUAUUAAGGACAAUCAAAUUACAAGAUAAAAGAUAUCUUAAAUGUGUAUAAGCUGAUAUAAUAUUUCAGUAAGUCUACUUUUAAGUCAAUUCCAACAGAGAGGACCAGCCGAGAUUCCCUUCGAAGACCUAUAUACUAGAUAGAGGAUACCAAAAGAAAAGAGAAAUGUCUUUAAGUCUAAAAGAUAAGUUAAGUACGAUUACUCUCUUUUCCUUCUGUGAGAGGCAAUAAUAAACCCAAAAUAUUUAAUCCAGAUAAUUCAGGGAUAGGCAAUACAUUACCAGCAAUAAAAAAACAUAACUAUUAAAUCAUAGCAAGGAUGCUAAAAGAUAAAUUGUAUAAUAACUGA